CAUUAACAUUAUAAAAUUUAAUAUUAUGGAAAUGUGAUUCUUCGUAGUACGCCAACUCUCCGCUUGAGCUUAAGUAGCUAACUAACUUACGGUACCUGUUUUUUAACCUAUAAUUUAUUGUGCAAAUUAUAAAGUUUUAUUACGGCAUGUAAAAUAUUCUUCAAAUAUAAGUCAACUAUGUGGGAUUCGGCUUUUAAAUUGAGAGGGGUUGAUCCCAGUCGGGAAUCAGGGCUGGGAAGUGACUCAGACAACAUGGCGGAAUUAGCUGCCCUCCUGAACACGGAGAUCCCCGAGGGCCAGAACAGUCUCACCGACAGUCACACCAAUCUGGAGCGAGUUGCAGAGUAUUGCGAGGGCAACUAUUUCCAGGUAACGGCAGAGAAUAAAAGAAUAGCUUUGGAAGAAACAAAAAACUACACUACACAAUCUCUGGCGAGCGUGGCAUACCAGAUCAAUACUCUGGCUUACAACUUUCUUCAGUUGCUCGAUUUACAAACGUCACAGUUGGCUGAAAUGGAGAGUCAAAUGAAUCACAUUGCACAAACAGUUAUGAUCCACAAGGAGAAAGUGGCACGAAGGGAAAUCGGAGUGCUGACUGCCAACAAAACUACUAACAGACAAUUCAAAAUUAUCGCCCCGGCAAAUCCAGAAAAGCCCAUCAAAUAUGUCAGGAAACCCAUAGACUAUACCGCUCUGGACGACAUUGGCCACGGCGUGAGGAGCGGCAACACGCCGCGCUCGAAGGUGCGAGGCAGCAGCCAGGGCAGCAUUCAGUCGCUGAGUGGGGCCGGUGGCGGAGGCGGCGGUGUGCCGGUGUCGGCCGCCGCCAUGGUUGGUCCCGCCCCCACCACCAAGCCACCCACGCCGCCUUCCGCCAUCCGCGCCACCGGAUCGCUCAGCAAGGGAUCGCGUGAAUAUCGCACGCCGCCCGCCGUUGCGCCACCUCAGGUGCCCAGCCACUACGCACCCAACUAUCCGCUGGGCCACCCUAGGCGCACGGGCGUCGGCUACAGCACCCUGCCAAUGGGUGCCACUGCCCAGACGACUGCCGCCCCCUCUCCGCCGCCGCCCCAGGUCGGCAUGGUGCACCCCCAGCCGCAGACCCCACCCCCGCCACCUCCACCCAACAACUAUGCCAUCGAUCACAUGCCGCCACCUCCAUCACCGUUGACACUGACGAACCAAUCGGGUGGCAUUCCGGCGGCGACACUUGACUCGGUGAUGGACAGCCAACAACAUCAUAUGCAGCUGCGACAGAUGCACAGUGCAGGAGGCGGCACCCUUCCCCACGGGGGCGGCAUCCUGUCAGGAGGCGGCACCCUGCCCCACGGGGGUGGCAUCCUGUCAGGAGGCGGCACCCUGCCCCAUGGAGGUGGCAUGCACCACCCCCACACCAGCCUGCACCACACGCUACCCCACCACCCACACCACCAGGCCCAGGCUCUGGCGCGGUCGUCUCCGCCCCUACCGCCCCCGCCCGAGGAGGACAGCCCCCACCCCCAGUUCGGAGUGCCCAACAUUAGCAGUUCGCGCGGAAUGCCCAUUGUAUCAGACGAGCCCGAUCUGCCUGGAUGGGUGCCUAAGAACUACAUUGAGAAAGUUGUAGCCAUCUACGACUAUUACGCUGACAAGGAGGACGAGCUUAGUUUUCAGGAGAGUGCAGUGAUCUAUGUGCUGAAGAAGAAUGAUGACGGGUGGUGGGAAGGCGUCAUGGAUGGAAUAACCGGUCUCUUCCCUGGCAACUACGUAGAACCAUGUGUUUAGAGACUUGAAUACCGCACAAACUUUUCUUUAUCAACUUUGUAUAGCAUCAAAUUUGUAGAAUAUUGAUAUUAUGGAAUCAUUAUUGAGAAGAAUAUUGUAGUUGUCCACUCUUAACCAUAAUUUGAGACACAGUUCAUAGUUUCGUGUUCCAAGUGACGAUAUGUUAUUGACGAUAACUGGAAACCAUGAUUCUAUGACUCAAAUUUAUUAGUAAAGUGAAGUUCACGACUUCAAUUAUUCAUUUCAAUAUAUUUUUUAUAUUAGACGCCUUUUGUUUAAGUCUAGCACAACUGUAUCAAAAUGCAACAAAAUGUAAUAUAGUGCUACUAUUAUAUUAGUAAAUGUAUCAUUGAUAUUCUAUAAUCUACUGUAUUUAUUAUUAUUUAUUCAUUAGUAAAUGUAUCAUUGAUAUUUUAUACUCUACUGUAUUUAUUAUUAUUUAUUCAGCACAUAUUAUAGAAUUAGUGUAAUGGUCUGUGUAUUUUCUGUGCCAAUCUAUUUGAAAUACAUCAGUUAUUAAUAUUA